CUAUCCUCAGUUCUUGGGCAUUCAGUAUUAUCCAGGCUAUGUCAUUGCCCCUCGACUUGCUAUCACUUCCCACUUCCUGUCACGGAUGACUGGCUGCAUCAUGGUGACCCCUGGGUCGCCUGACAAUCCAAAUGACCGCUUCAAAACUAACAUUGGUCUAAACCUAAAGUUUACCAAGCGGAAUGAGGAGGUCCCUGGGUACACAAAGAGAACAGAUGAAGGAUGGACAUACUCCGACAAAGCCAUGGAGGUGGUCGGACAAUACCUUGCUGAAUUUCCAGAAAUAUGGUCCUAUAUCAGUUCUAAAGAUGGAGGCAGGGGAGAUAACUUCUAUGAGACAGACCUUUUCAAGGAGGGCAGUCCAUACAGCUUGAAGAAGAUGACAGAUUUUGUAAAGGGACUGCCUUGUAAUAGCGUGAAGACAAUGAAAGCUGGGGCCGAAAUACUAGACCAGGGUGUCAUCAACGCCAUUGAGCAGGAAGUGCAAAAGAUCAUUGUAAGUUCUAAGUUGUAUUAUUUCAUUGUGGGGAACUUUCUGUCGGCCAUCGAAUAGCCUUGGCAGCAGUUCAACUAUUGACCUAUGAAAAGCCCUGAACCAUGGCGGAAGGUGAGUGCUAUUUUCACCGGACCACCCUUAACUAUAAAUAUGUCACAGUCAGCGCCACCGAACCAACCUUAACUAUAAAUAUGUCACAGUCAGCGCCACCGGACCACCCUUAACCAUAAAUAUGUCACAGUCAGCGCCACCGGACCCCCCUUAACUACAAAUAUGUCACA